UCUGCGACUCCCGAGGCGACGGUGAAAUGGUGGUGGGCGUCGGAGCUGUUCUGGGGAUCCUCCUCGGCCUCGUGUUUGUUUGCGGUGGCUUACUGAGGUGGAAUGAGCUGCGGUACAGGAAGAAGGGGCUGCCUCCGGGGACGAUGGGGUGGCCGGUCAUCGGCGAGACCUCUGAGUUCCUCAAACAAGGCCCGACCUUCUUGAAGAACCAGAGAGCCCGGUUUGGGAAUCUGUUCAGGACACACAUACUGGGGUGCCCUACAGUGAUAUGCAUGGAUGCAGAGGUGAAUAGGUACAUCAUCGUGAAUGAGGGGAAGGGCCUGGUUCCUGGUUAUCCUCAGUCAAUGGUGGAUAUGAUGGGGAAAUGGAAUAUUGCUGCGGUACAUGGUCCCCAACACAAGGCCAUGAGAAGUGCUAUGCUUGGUCUUAUUAGUCCCACUGCCAUCCGGGACCAACUCCUCCCCAAGAUUGAUGAGUUCAUGAGAUCCUUCAUCCGCAGCUGGAGUGACCAAGUCAUAGACAUCCAAGAGGAAUCCAAGGAGCUGUGGCUGCACUCGGCCUUGAAGCUGAUUGCCAGCGUCGAAACCGGUCCGCUGGCCAGGGAUCUCAAGUCGGAGAUCAACAAACUUGUUCUGGGAACACUAGCCUUGCCUUUGAACUUUCCUGGCACGAAUUAUCGCCGUGGGAUGCAGGCAAGGAGAAGCGUCGUGAGCAUGCUGGAAAAACUCAUGGAGGAGAGACGAGCCUCUCCAAGCUCCCAGCUUGACAUGCUUGAUUCCCUGCUGCGACCUGACGAUCCCGCGAAACCGAAGCUGAGUGAUGAGCAGAUCAUUGAUCUGAUCCUCACCCUCAUCUACUCCGGGUUCGAAACUGUCUCCACCACCACGAUGAUGAGCGUCAAGUAUCUCCAUGAUGACCCAAAAGUUCUCGAGGAAUUGAGGAAUGAACAUUUUGCAAUCAGGAAAAAGAAGUCUGCAAAUGAUCCACUGGACUGGAAUGACUACAAAUCCAUGACUUUGACUCGCGCGGUCAUCUUUGAGACUCUGAGGCUGUCCACGGUUGUCAAUGGGGUGCUGAGGAAGACAACCCAAGACAUGGAAAUAGGAGGAUUUGUUGUUCCAAAGGGGUGGAGAAUCUAUGUCUUCGUCAGAGAGCACAACUAUGAUCCCUUCCUUUAUCCAGAACCAUUCAAAUUCAACCCUUGGAGAUGGAUGGAUCAAAGCUUGGAGUCGAACCAGUGCUUCAUGCAGUUUGGAGGUGGUGGCAGGCUAUGCCCAGGCAAAGAAUUAGGAAUAGUAGAGAUAGCAAUAUUUCUCCACCACUUCGUCACCAAGUACAGAUGGGAAGAAGUCGGAAGGCAGAAGCUAUUGAAGUUUCCGAGAGUUGAAGCACCCAAUGGGCUUCACAUACGCGUAUCCAAUCUGCUGAAUUGACAUCAUGUGCAGAAGUACAAUAGGCUCACUAAUAAAUGCAACAUCAUAACCUCUUAUCUUCUGCUGCAGAUGAUGAAUGGGAAUAAAACUAUGAAUUCUAAAAAGGACCGACUCUUUUCUCUUCAUCAAGUAGAAUAUCAAGAAAUAACAGCAGCUAAACACAUCUGAUUCUUUUGAGAGAGUUCAAGAGAGAUUGUGCAGAAUCCCUUUUGGGUAAAUCUUUCAGCACCAACUCUAUUCUCACAUGAAAAAUGUGAGAUAAUGUGCUUUUUACAGCAUCAAGUGAAA